CUUCGUUAGCACGCACAAGCGUUGCCAUGGAAGUACGAUACGAGGAACGAAGGGACAAUGGUAUCGGCAGCUCCCGUGCGUCACAGCAAUGGCUGGCGUCGUUGAGUCAGCCGCCGCCGUCGACGACGACAGCUGCAUCGUCUCAGCGAGACGAGAACCCUACCUGGUUGCGCGAACCUCCAUCUCAUCUAGCCCCGGCUCCUUUGGCGUUGACUGCCUCGUCCACUGUCGUCCUUGUCCCCAAUCCCAAGCAACACGCCCUGCCCGAACAACAAACACACAUCCUACCCGACGCUUCGCAAGUGGUUGGCUCCCACACAUGGAAAGUGGCCGCGUACAAGGACGCGUUGACCCGCAAGCUGCCGCUGGUCGGUCGCUGCAGCUUCAUCCAGCACGGGCUGUGUCACGUGUGCACAGCCACGGCCACGACCAACACGAACCCCGCGCUCGUGCUCAACGUAUGUCCGCACUUUGACUUCGGGCAUUCGGUCUGUGUCGUGCACUUUGAGCAGUUGACACGCACGUUGGUGUCCAGCAUGCUGGAACAAGGGGGCGGCGGCGGCGUCCCGGCGUGUCCCGUCUGUCUGCAUGGAUGCAUAUGCGCCGUGUGCACCCGCGUCUUAACCACACAAAUCGAGCUAUACGACGCAUACCGAGCAUCGACGUCUACCUCAAGAGGUCCGUCAGAGUAUCAAGGAGACGUCGCCGCCAACAGUCUAUCACCACCCUGGCUACACCCGAACGCGACGAGUAGUGGCGACGUUUCAGUCCGCCAAGCAUCCAUCACAACCUCCGCGACUCGAGAGCGAACCACGUCCACACGACCAACACCCCCAUCAUAUCAUGGCUUGAUCGACGCCGACAACCUCUCGGAUGCUGCGAGCGCACAACUUUGGCGGCGCAAGCCGUCGUCGUUGUUGCCGCCGAUGAUGCAAGCCGACGCCAAACAAGCCACGGACGAGUUGGUGCGGCGCGUUGGACCGGACAGUGUCACAGGGUUUUCCCCGUCGUCGAAGGCCACCCACCAUCCCACCACUCGAGCCGGCGAGCAUCCGGAUGGUACGGGUGUCGUGCCGUCGUAUCCGGACGUGGGGCCCGCUCAGAGAAGAUGGGAAAGCCACCCAGCUCACGACGAAGCCAAACAUACCCAAGAUGACGACAAUCAUGUUUCAAGGGAUAGUGGUCUUAUUGAUGGAGCUGCUGUUACUGCAGACGAAAAGAAAUCACCGGCGGCGGCGAUGCUGCCCCUUCAAUCGUUCAAGGAAACCCAGCGAAAGCAGCAAGCCGGCAUUGUCCAGCAGCCCAAAGCUGCAUCCAAAGCGAUCGCCCCGACCACGACAUUAACAGCCCACGGGGGGAAGCAAGGGGGGGGGGGCAUGGCAGCCGAGCCAAAGGGGGGCCUUGCGAUCGCCCCCAAACAAGCAUCGAAAGACAUUGGGGGGACGACUAGUCAUACUGCACUCAAACGAAGUGCCGCAAAAGCACACGAACGUGGCGCGUUACCGGCCACGAAAGAAAAUGGAAGGCCCACAAGUACGGCUAAACCUUGGACAAAUCACGUGAAUGCAAUGCCGACGACUCGUACAACGACGACGACGACUGGGGGGGAUGAACGAGUAUCCAAGGCGGGUGUCCCCACCACCAUACAAAGUAUCGAUCGUCAUGCUGUUGACAAUAGCCUGAGGGGCAGCAGCAGCACUACUACUACUCUGGACCAAGCUAUUUGUUCCAAGCAAACCCCUCGGCUGAACCCUGCCAGUACAACAACUACAACCACAGAACAAGCUGGCGGUAGUAAUGUGUGGGGUAUUGCGGCGGCAAUCCCAUCGAAAUCACAGGAAACACCACCGCCACUCCAGGCCAAACACAUGACGGAACCUCGUCGCAAGACGCCAGUCCCAUCGUCACAGAUCAGUACAACCAACGUGCAACCAUCGGCAAAGACUACUACGCAGCCCGUGAUAAACGCGUCAGCCGUUGAAAGAACGCGCACGGUGAACCCUAAACCAUCUACCCCCCUAUUGGGUCACAACAAGACUACAUUGGACGACCCACGGGUGGACAAGCCAAACAGCGCGCAGACCACGAUUCUUCAACCAACAGAGCAACCGCCGGCCAAAACCCCAGCAGAACUAGGCACACGACUAGUAGUUGUCCAUGAAGCCGCCAUCCAACACGUCGUGGACAGCCCGUCGCCUAGUAUUCCUACUAGUAGUAGUACUAAUCCGACGCCACGACCACCACCACUGGGUCAGAGCUCGUCGAUCGCGUUCUUGCGGGAAUCGGCAGCCACCGGCACCACCAAGGCGUGGACCAUCGAUCGAGCCAAAGAGCUGGCGGCAGAAGUCCAAGCUAGCCUAGUUAACACUGACAACCUGGUUAAGCAGUGGAUGUCGGACAAGAAAAAGCAGGCGGGCGCGGGGACUAGUAGUUCCGCACCAAACCCACUCCAAGUAGUGCCACCACGCCAUGACAAAGCAACCAGUCAACCAAGCAAAAGAAACGCGAGCGAUCCAGUCAGCACCACCACUGGAUCGACAAGCAAAAAAGCCACAAGUACACCCCCAUUGACAACAGCAACAACCGCCAAGCCAGACCUCACCGCGACCUCGGUCGUGUACAAGCGCCGGCCACGGACCGUCGCAAGCAGCAUUGGUAGUACUACUAGUAGUAGUAGUAGUAGGGCCACAACGAACGAGAACGCAGACACGUCUUCUGGGCUGUUGUCGUCCAAGGACGUACCGGCGAUGGCGAAAAGUGCGACGCUGAACGGAAGCGGUGACGUUGUCGCGUCGACACGGGGCAACCUCGUCGGACGACCAUCACUCGCCAAACGUGAUGAGAAUGAUGAUAAUGGAGCCUCGCAGCAGCAGCCCCCGCCGCCUGUGAAGCGACUCAAACGAACGGACGACGACGGCGCUGCGGUUUCCGCAACACGUGAUCGGGCCGUUCGAACGCGCCGAACGGCCGCCCCUGCGCUCCUCAAUGCACACGACGGCACCAACGACCCAGGAAUCGCCCAGACAAGCACAACAAUGUUAGCCAGUAGUAGUCCCAGUGGUGCUGCUGCUGCCGCUGGUUCAGGUAGUACCACCACCAAAACCAUCGGCAAUGCAAUGUCGUUGGAAGGAGGUCCGCCGUCCAGUGUCACAGAGUCCAACAACCCUCGCAAACGUCCUGCUAGCGAGACUUGUGAAACGACCAAGCGUGGCCGGCCUCGUCGAGGCGACCAAACAGCAGCAGCAGCAGCAGCCGUAGCUGUAGCUGUAGCCAUCGCGGCUUCUACUACUGCAUCAUCAUCUUCGUCGUCAAUGCGAAAAGGAGUCGACACGCAUGAUGGCGUGGCAGAGCUAGUGGCUAGCGCCACCACACCAACUAGUCGACGUCCUGCGAGUAGCAAGAAAAAGGCCAAGCGGAGCCACGACGACGAUGAGGACGACGAAGCCACGUCACCAUCAGCUCCAGGCAAACGAGUCACAAUCAAGCGGGAAACCCCCGUGGACGACGAUGUGAAAAUUGAAAGCGACGACGACGACGAUGUCGACACCAACUUGGACUUUUGCAGCAUCUGCAAGCAAGACGGCGACUUGGUCUGCUGCGACGUGUGUCCGCGGUCGUUCCAUUUGACUUGCUUGAACAAACGAGAAGACCAACUGCCCCUCGACACGUGGCAGUGCCACGAGUGCCAACACAAUCUGUCCGACACGCACGUUCAAAAAGUAUGCCGUGACCUGACCAAGCUGCGCAACAAGGCAUUGACGAUGCGCAGCAUUCUCACGGGUAUUUGCAGCCAUCCGUUUGCGAAACCGUUUUUGGCACCCGUGGCCGACGUCGAGUACUACGAUGACGUGGUGGAGUAUCGCAUGGACUUGAGCGAAGUGUCGAGUCGGCUAGAUCGACACGAAUAUGACGGCGAUGACCUCGUGUCGAAUGCGUUUGUGAGGGAUGUUCAGCUGGUGUGGGACAACUGCCGCCUCUUUAACGACGACAACUCGGGGCUGGCCAGAGCUGCCAACACCCUGGACGCCGACUUUCACAAAAUGCUCCAAGCGGCGGCGGCCACCAAAAACAGUCGAGGCGCCAUCCGAACCAAAAAGCAAUAGUAUAUUAUAUAUAUAAGGCUCAGAAUACAAAGUUAUGCUCGAAGCGAUCCAUAUUGGAUUCGUA